AUUCAAAACUAAAUAUGUGAUAUCCUAUUUAACAGGUAACUAAUGCCAUAGAUUAUGUGAUAAGUAAGCAAAAUCAAUUACCAAAUCAAUUUAAAUAAAUAUAUAAAUUAGAAUAAAAUAUAGCUUUUGAAAUAUCCAACAAACUAUAUAGCUCCUUUAUCAUGAGUGAGAGAGAGAAUACAACAAAACAAAUCAUUUGAACUAUUAGAACAAAAAAAUGCUGAACAAAAUUUGGUUUCAUGCAGUAACAUGUUUUUGAGUCUGUAACUUGUAGAUAGAGCAAUAAUGGACAACAAUGAAGUUUCAAGAGUUGAUAGUUUAAGAAGAACAAGUAGUUCUAAUUCUAACUUAUGGAGGAACAAUAGUAUGGAUGUUUUUUCAACAUCUGAACGUGAAGAUGAUCAAGAAGCACUUAAAUGGGCUGCUAUUGAAAGACUCCCUACAUAUCUAAGGAUUAGAAGAAGUAUACUCGAUAAUCAAGAAGUUGAUGUCGAAAAGCUUGGAUUAACUGAGAGAAAAGUUCUUUUAGAGAGACUUGUGAAAAUUGCUGAAGAAGAUAAUGAAAAGUUUUUGUUGAAACUCAAGGAAAGAAUGGAAAGAGUUGGAUUAGAUAUUCCAAAAGUUGAGGUAAGAUUUGAGCAUAUAAAUGUGGAAGCACAAGUUUAUGUUGGAGGAAGAGCUUUACCUUCAUUGCUCAACUUCUUUGUUAAUGUCUUAGAGGUGAUUAUUCAACAAGCCAUUUUCUCCUUUCUACACUUUUCUUGGAUUUAUUUAUCUCUGAUUAUGAUUUUUAACUUAAAUGAUAUCUUUAUUUUUAAGGGAUUCUUAAAUUAUUUUCAUAUUAUUCCAAGUCCAAAGAAACCAUUACAUAUUCUUCAAAAUGUUAGUGGAAUCAUAAAGCCUCAAAGAAUGACAUUACUUUUGGGGCCACCAGGCUCUGGAAAGACCACUUUGCUUUUGGCCUUGGCUGGAAAACUUGCCAAAGAAUUGAAAAAUUCUGGGAGAGUAACAUACAAUGGAGAAGGACUAGAAGAGUUUGUUCCACAAAGAACAUCAGCUUAUAUAAGUCAAUAUGAUAAUCACAUUGGAGAAAUGACUGUCAGAGAAACACUUGCUUUCUCUGCAAGAUGUCAAGGGGUUGGACAUAAUUAUGAUAUGUUGACUGAACUACUCAGAAGAGAAAAAGAAGCAAAGAUUAAACCAGAUCCUGAUGUUGAUGCCUAUAUGAAAGCAGCAGCACUAGAAGGACAACAGGCGAGCGUCGUAACUGACUAUAUUCUCAAGAUUUUAGGACUUGAAAUCUGUGCUGACAUUAUGGUAGGAGAUGAAAUGAUAAGAGGUAUCUCAGGAGGACAGAAAAAGAGAGUAACAACAGGUGAGAUGCUGGUUGGACCUAUAAAGGUUUUGUUCAUGGAUGAGAUAUCAACUGGUUUGGACAGUUCAACAACUUUUCAAAUAAUCAGCUCAAUCAGACAAUCAAUCCAUAUUCUGAAUGGAACUGCACUUGUGUCUUUGCUACAACCAGCACCAGAAACUUAUGAACUAUUUGAUGAUAUAAUACUUCUCACAGAUGGACAAAUUGUGUAUCAAGGACCAAGAGAAAAUGUACUUGAGUUUUUCGAAUCAAUGGGAUUCAAAUGUCCUGAAAGAAAAGGAGUUGCUGAUUUCUUACAAGAAGUGACAUCAAGAAAAGAUCAAUGGCAAUAUUGGGCAAAUAAAGAUGAACCUUAUAGUUUUGUUACUGUCAAGGAUUUUUCUGAAGCCUUUCAGUUAUUCCACAUUGGUCAAAAACUUGGAGAUGAGCUAGCCCAUCCUUUUGAAAAGUCUAAAGGCCAUGCAAAUAUCUUGACCACAAAGAAAUAUGGUGUUAACAAGAAGGAGCUUUUGAAGGCUUGUGCUAGCAGAGAAUUUUUGCUUAUGAAGCGAAAUUCAUUUGUCCAUAUAUUCAAAGUCACUCAACUUAUUUAUUUAGCUAUCAUGACGACAACAUUGUUUCUAAGAACAAAGAUGCAUAAGGAUACUGUGGAAGAUGGAGGAACAUACAUGGGAGCACUAUUCUUCACAGUGACAGUAGCAAUGUUCAAUGGAAUAUCAGAGCUAAAUAUGACAAUCAUGAAACUUCCUGUCUUUUACAAGCAAAGAGACCUUCUUUUCUAUCCUUCAUGGGCUUAUUCUCUUCCACCAUGGAUCCUCAAAAUACCAAUAACUCUUAUAGAAGUUUUCAUUUGGGAAGCCAUUACUUACUAUGCCAUCGGCUAUGAUCCAAAUUUUGUAAGGCUUUUAAAACAGUAUUUGAUAAUCUUUUGCAUUAACCAAAUGGCAUCUUCACUGUUUCGGUUGAUGGCAGCCUUAGGAAGGGAUGUUGUAGUUGCAAACAAUGUUGGAUCAUUUGCAUUACUAGUAGUUCUGGUUUUGGGAGGAUUUGUGAUUUCAAGAGAGGAUGUGCACAAAUGGUUUCUGUGGGGUUACUGGUCCUCACCACUGAUGUAUGGACAGAAUGCUAUAGCUGUGAAUGAAUUUCUUGGACAUAGUUGGAGAAAGGUUACUCAAAAUUCCAAUGAAACAUUGGGAGUUUUGGUAAUGAAAACUCGCGGUUUUUUCCCACAAGCUUACUGGUAUUGGAUUGGUGUAGGAGCAUUGAUUGGUUAUGUUUUUCUAUUCAACUUUCUGUUCACAUUGGCUUUACAAUAUCUCAGUCCAUUCAGAAAGGAUCAAGCAGGGCUAUCUGAGGAGAAAUUGCUGGAGAGAGAUGCUUCAACAGCUGAAGAGUUUACUCAGUUACCGAAUCGAAAGAGAAUUUCAGAAACAAAGAUUGUUGAAGAAGAACUUAUAUCAUCCAGAUCUUUUUCUGCAAGAGCCGGUAAGGAUAAAGCUAGUGUAAGUGGAAGGAGAGGCAUGGUUCUUCCUUUUCAACCUCUAUCCAUCACUUUCGAUGAAAUCAGAUAUGCUGUAGACAUGCCUCAGGAAAUGAAAAGUCAAGGAGUUUUCGAGGACCGUCUUGAACUUUUGAAGGGUAUUAGUGGUGCAUUUAGGCCUGGAGUUCUAACAGCUCUAAUGGGAGUAAGUGGUGCUGGAAAGACUACUCUAAUGGAUGUUUUAGCCGGAAGAAAAACUGGUGGAUAUAUUGAUGGAAACAUCACAAUAUCUGGUUAUCCAAAGAAUCAAAAAACAUUUGCUCGCAUAUCAGGAUAUUGCGAACAAUUUGAUAUUCACUCGCCUAAUGUUACAGUUUAUGAAUCUUUGCUAUAUUCAGCAUGGCUUCGGUUGCCACCUGAAGUUGAUAAAGCUACGAGAAAGAUGUUUAUCGAGGAAGUUAUGGAGCUUGUAGAGCUUAACUCAUUAAGAGAAGCACUUGUUGGAUUGCCAGGCGAGAAUGGACUUUCAACUGAACAACGUAAGAGACUUACAAUUGCAGUUGAACUUGUAGCAAAUCCAUCAAUAAUAUUCAUGGAUGAGCCAACCUCUGGCCUUGAUGCUAGAGCAGCUGCAAUUGUAAUGAGAACGGUAAGGAACACCGUGGACACAGGACGUACUGUGGUUUGCACGAUCCAUCAGCCAAGUAUUGACAUAUUUGACUCCUUCGAUGAGCUUCUACUUAUGAAAUUGGGAGGUGAACAAAUAUAUGCCGGUCCAUUAGGCCGCCACUGUUCUCAGUUGAUUCAUUAUUUUGAGGCUAUUGAAGGAGUUCCUAAGAUCAAAGAUGGUUAUAAUCCUGCAACAUGGAUGUUGGAAGUUACAUCAGCAGGAUCAGAAGCAAAUCUUAAGGUCGACUUCACUAAUGUAUACAGAAACUCGGAACUAUACCGGAGAAACAAACAAUUGAUCCAGGAAUUAAGUAUACCUCCUCAAGAUUCAAAGGAUUUAUACUUUGAUACUCAAUAUACACAAACUAUGUUGGCACAAUGUAAAGCUUGCUUAUGGAAACAACAUUUAUCAUAUUGGCGAAACACGUCGUAUACAGCAGUUAGACUGUUAUUUACAACACUAAUAGCUAUCUUGUUUGGAAUCAUAUUUUGGAACAUUGGAUUGAAAAGGAGAAAGGAACAAGAUCUUUUCAAUGCAAUGGGAUCAAUGUAUGCUUCUGUUAUCUUUAUUGGAGUACAAAAUGGUGCCUCUGUGCAGCCAGUAAUAGCUGUUGAGAGAACAGUCUUUUAUAGAGAAAGAGCUGCUGGAAUGUAUUCUGCUUUGCCUUAUGCAAUAGCACAGGUGAUUAUAGAGCUUCCACACAUCUUGGUUCAGACACUGGUUUAUGGUAUUAUUGUAUAUUCCAUGAUGGGAUUGGAUUGGACAACAUCAAAAUUCUUGUGGUAUCUUUUCUUCAUGUACUUCACUUUCUUGUACUAUUGUUUCUAUGGUAUGAUGACCAUGGCUAUCAGUCCCAACCCACAUGUUGCUGCCAUAAUGUCUAGUGCAUUCUAUGCAAUUUGGAGCCUUUUCUCAGGCUUUGUCAUUCCCUUAUCUAGAAUACCAAUAUGGUGGAAGUGGUACUAUUGGAUAUGUCCAGUUGCAUGGACCUUGAAUGGAUUGGUGACAUCUCAAUAUGGAGACAACAUGGAAAAACUUGAGAAUGGUCAAAGGGUUGAAGAAUUUGUGAGAAAUUACUUUGGGUUUAAACAUGACUUCCUAGGAGUGGUUGCAAUUGUUGUGGCUGGUUUCUCAGUGUUGUUUGCAUUUAUCUUCACUCUUGGCAUCAAAGCAUUCAACUUCCAAAAAAGAUGAAAUUACUUCAAAUAUGAUUCUUUGACAAAUAAUUCAUAUCCCUAGUGCAAAUUCUAGGUUGUCAUGUCCUCUUAGUAUGAUAGUUAGCAAGUCCUUCAUGAAUGAAGAAGUACAAAAUGCAUUCAUACAAAUUAAUGUGGACAAUUUUAAUAUUUUUAUUAUUAGAAUUUUAUUUAUUUAUGCUACCACCUAGCAUGUAAAACAAAAUAAUUGCCCUUAUGUAAAAAAGAACAAAAAGACUAGUUAUACAUUUUAACCUGUUGGGAAUUGCCUUGAAAACGUGGAAAAAACACUAAUCUGCUGUUUUUUUCGUCCCGGGCGAAAAAACCCGUGCCCCGGGCGAAAUUUGAAGCAGGAAAAGGGAGCUCUUUGUUUGUUUGUUGCCCCAGGCGAAAAAAUUGGUGCCUCAGGCGAAAUUUUUGCCCCAGGCGAAAAAAGUGGUGCCUCGGGCGAAAAUUGCUGCAGGGUAUUUAAAGGGUCACAUUUUCUGUUUUUUGACAACAAGUUUUGAGGGUUUCUUUAACCAAAACGGCGGCUAGGGUUAAGAGGGUUACUCUUUGUUCAUCUCUAGGUUUUGGGUGUUGAUUCUUUCAUCUUGUAAUCACUUUCAUAUUGAAUUUCUUGGUCACGGGAAGAAAUUCAGGCUUAGGGUAGAAUUAGGAUCAAGGCUAAUUCUUGUAACUCUAUUGUGAGAUUUCAUUGUAAUCAAGAACAUCAUUUGAUAGUGGAACAGAGAGUGGCUCUCUCCCCAGAGUAGGUCGGUUUUGACUGAACUGAGUAAACAAUAUCUCGUGUUCUUUACGUUUUCGCGGUUUAUCUUUUGUUAUUGUUAUUAUUGUCAUUCUCGCUUGUUGAUUGCUUUAAUCCAUUUGCUCCACACACAUCAAGGUAUUGGUGUGAUUUAAUCGAAUUCACAACAUAACCAUGCAAUAUGAUUCAAUUCAA